AUGGAUAUGCCACAUAUAGUAAUGACAAAAAUUAUGGGUAAUGUUGGUUUUCUAGCAAUUCUCAAUCUCCGGAAAACAUGUAAAACCUUCCGAAAUUUUAUUGAUGACGUCAAGCCGAUAAACGAUUUGAAGGAACUUCGAAUCACUCUCGGUCACUUCUAUGUGAAAGUUGAAGUGUUUUUGGACAAAAACGGAUAUGAUGCAGAUCGAUGUUCAUUUGUUUCAUCCUAUCAACAAGCACCCGAUGAUAACAGUUGGUUGAUUUUCAAACUUUAUAAUGAUGGAGUAGAGUUUGUGAAAAAAAUGGAUGGCGGAGAGUUCAUUGAUGCAUUUUUCCACGAUUUUGAGCUCAUUCUCAAAAAUCAAAAAUGGCUUACCUGA